GGACAAAGCGCGUCUCCGUCAUAUCAGCUUUCCGCCCACCAAGCUACGCUGCGGCCGUGUCACCGCCUCUCCGAAGCCUCUGUUCCUGUUGGCAGGAUUGUUUUUUCCUCAGGCCUGGAGCGGAGGACGCCAUCAUCCUGCUCACUGCGCACUGAGCCCAACCACCGAGUCAGGCCUAUUAAUUCUCACCGUCUUUCCAUCGACGUUCAAUGGCCACACAACACCCCAGUCGCCCGUCCAACCACUCAAAAAGGUCGCUGCCGGCCCUUGCGCGGCCCUCCAAGUCUACCCCUCUAUCAAAACGUACAAACUCUCACGGUGCCAGCAAGGGCGGGCAAAAGGCCACGCACCCUAAGGAGGAGGACUUUGAGGACGAGGAAGUGAUGGCAACGAGCUUCCUGCAGUACUGCACGACCUGUGAGAAGCAGAUAAUUGUACCCAACAAUUCGGUACUAUACUGCUCGGAAAGCUGUCGAACUAAGGACAACGAGAAGGCCAUAUCAUGCUCCAUCGACCCCUCCCCGCCGUCAACCCCCUUUGCCAAUUUUUCAUUCGAAGAUUUCCACUUUCGAGACAUUGUACCUCCUCGCUCGCCCACCGCACCGCGCUCCCAACGGUCAUCAUGCGCCUUCUCAGAACUGUCAUCAGACGAUAACGCUGCUUCAGGCGAUGAGAAGCUAAGGGGGUCGGAGGCAUCGAAAUACCUCCGCCAGUUUCAAUCUGCCACUGCUAUGGCUGAAACUACCAUGGGACCGAGCCGGCCUCGAUACAACCGUGCCUCAACCUCCCAAGCCACCUUCAGCGCUGCCCCCUCCCUUUCUCACACACCCGCUUCCUCCAUCAGCUUCUCGCUCCCAUAUACACCAUCCACACGGCCACUACCUCCUAGGACCAACCCACAUAGUUCUUCGUACGGCUCUCGGUCUAUAAAUCUUGUCACACCUUUAUCACACCCCGCCACUGCACCGUCAAGCCCACCACAAUACUCACUGAAGAGCGCACCCAUAUCGCGGACGUCGAUAAGUUCUGUGGAGGGCGAGAUUCGGUAUGAAAAGAAAAGUCCCAUUCCUUCCGUGUCACCAGCCAACGGCAGUCUGAAACGGCUCUUUUCGUCUACGCCACGCUGGUCCUAAAUUUUCUUCCACGUAGACCUGUUUUCUACUCCAUGGGAGGCCUAAUCUAUCCGAGU